AAUAUGGAUAACUCUAUGGGGAAACGUAAACUGGAAACGUGCCACCGCAUUGAGGAAGCGGAAACUGUUCAAGUACGUUUACAUCUGCGUCUAACCUCCUCCGCCCACCUUCUGCUCCACGACUCGCUCCCGCGCCUCUGCCCGAUCCCCGGACGCCUCCCCGCUGCGUCGGCGUCGGAGACACAUCUGGCGUGGAGAAUCCAUCGUUCGAGACAACUGAGGUGUUCUUGGCUUUCUGCUGCUGUUAUGCUCACUAGCUGCUCCUUCUGGGGUCAGAUUGCACGUCUGCCCAAGUGGAUAGGUUCAAGAGAUACGCCUUGCGCGCGCAUCUCCACUGGUGCCCCUUGCUUCCUUGCAGUCCGGCAGCGACCUCCUGAACACAGUUUGGUUCACAGAGCAUCCUUCAGUUCCAAUCGCAAGCAAUUGGCUAGAGGUGCUGCAGGUCCUCUUAUGGCUGAAAGGGAGUUGAUUGGCAAGGAUAAACUUUUGCUUAGAGGUUUGCAGUUCCACGGUUUCCAUGGAGUGAAACAAGAGGAGAAGACUCUUGGCCAAAAGUUUGUUGUAGACGUCGACGCAUGGAUGGAUUUGAGCACUGCUGGUGAGACUGAUAGCAUGUUUGAUACGGUUAGCUACACCGAUAUUUACAGAAUUGUCAAGGAUGUGGUUGAAGGCCCAUCUCGGAAUCUUUUGGAGUCUGUGGCUCACCAGAUUGCAAGUUCCACAUUGCUUAAUUUCCCUCAGAUAUCCGCUGUCCGAGUGAAAGUUGGGAAACCUCAUGUUGCUGUACAAGGAAUUAUCGACUAUUUAGGUGUUGAGAUAUUGAGGUACAGAAAGGACAAGGGAGGAAAUUCUUCAGGAGCUUCAUUAAGCUAGUGUGGUACCAAGUAUAACAUGUCAAUUCUCAGUCCGUCUAUGGCAUCACUUGAUUACUCAACACUGCAUUUCUGCAGUUGUCUGUGUCGCUACAAUUCGUAGCCAUGUUGGUCGCAUAAGUUGUUUUAGUUCAAAGUGGGUCAAGGUAUACUGGAUUUGGGGUAGGCAAUGUAAGUUUUUUGAGCCAAAGCUUUGGCAGACAUGGUUUGGUGGAAUUGGAAACUUUGUUGAGGAUGGUUGAUAUUUUUACAUCA